AUGGGCAUCACCCCGUCAAAUGACAAAUGGUACCUUGGGAACCCGAUGAUGAUUGACUUUGGGCGGUACACAGUCACCCAUGUUCCUGGAAUCCAGCCAAAAAAGGGUUUAAAUCCUGCUACUCUUGCCGCUGCUGGUGCUUCUUCUCGUAAAAUGACAAAAGAUAUUGCAACAGCACCAGCAACAGCAACAACACAAUCGACCGCCAACUCCAAACUUGACGAUCAGUCAUUAUACAACCGCUUUCGAGGAUUCGCUGCUGGUGUUGCUUCCGGCAUAACCAAACUUGCUGUGGGCCAUCCUUUCGAUACGGUCAAGGUGCGUUUACAGACAUCGGGCAAAGCGGAUUUCAAAGGACCUUUGGAUUGCUUGAGGAAGACUAUACAAAAGGAAGGAUUUCGAGCAUUAUACAAGGGUGCAACACCACCUCUUGUUGGAUGGAUGUUUAUGGAUAGCAUCAUGCUUGGCACAUUACACAAUGCACGGUUGAUUCAGCAAUCAUGGAAUGGUGAUAGACCCCUUACUGUAUUCCAGCAUGGUCUUGCGGGUUUGGCUGGUGGAUUAACAGUAUCGUUCGUGGCCACCCCUGUGGAACAAAUCAAAGCUCGUCUCCAGGUACAAUAUGAUGCAGCAACCAAAGUAUAUACAGGCCCUAUCAAUUGUGCCACUCAAUUGGUGCGUAACAAUGGCAUUACAGCAUUGUGGACUGGAUUACUACCCACUAUGGCGUUUCGAAGUUGGUUCUUUGUCUUUUGGGCUUCCUAUGAUGUGUUUACACGUGAAUUGAAAAAGUACAAUCUAUCGGAUGGAUCUGUUACUUUUAUUGCUGGUGGUCUGAGCGCAACAGCAUUUUGGUUGGGUGCCUUCCCCUCUGACUCUAUCAAGAACCGAUAUAUGACACAGCCUGAUGUACAUCCCAGAAGAUUCCCUUCGCCAUGGUCCGUGGCACAAUACAUUUAUCGAAAUGAUGGUUUGCGUGGCUUUUAUCGAGGAUUCCUUCCAUCCUUUUUACGAGCUUUCCCUACAAAUGCAUCAGCCGUAUUCAUGUUUGAAACAGUGAUGAAAUUACUAGCAUAA